UACAAUUAUAUUUUUAAUAACUUGUCUAUCCUUUGUACCAAUUGCAUUAAUUGGUAAUAAUAAUGCAUACCCGAGUUUUUAUAUUUUUCUCGUCUGUGGAAUUUUCUGGAUUGGAAAUGUGCUUCAUCCAGGCAUUAUUUCAUUAAUUCCCAUCGCAUUUUUGACGACUACUGGUGCUUUUGACAGAAAACUAAUCGAUGCAAUAAUCAUACGAAACUCAGUCUUGGACUGUUUUGGUGUGAUGCUGAUCAUCCUCGCUAUUGAACAUAGCCUUGUACAUAGAAGAAUUGCCAUUAAAAUACUUCUGCUGUUUGGUUGUUCUCAUUAUAGAUUGAGUUUCGUCCUGUUCCUUAGCACAAUGGUGCUGUCGAUGUGGUGUACGAACUCGAUAGCCUGUGGCCUUAUGAUGCCGUUAGUGAAAUCUAUUUUAAAGGAGCUGGAACAAAUGGGUAUAUUGGAUGUAUUUGAAGUAGAGGGAGUUUUGCAUAAUUAUAAUCGCAAGGAUAAAAAUUCUCCAAGACCAACCGAUUUUACGAUAUUUUAUUUCCUUGGGAUUGCAUAUUCAUCUACUAUUGGUGGAAUGUCUACUAUUAUCGGAAGUGAAACAAAUAGAAUUUUCAAGAAUUAUUGUGAAUUGAUCUUCCCUCAAAGUCCAGCAAUAGAAGGACCACAACUGAUGCUUCUUACUCUGCCUGGUGUUUUAAUCAUGGAGAUGUUCCUGUAUUUGUGGUUGAAUUUCUAUUUUUUGGGAAUGCUAAGGGUGCAGAACUAUACAGCUCUUCAAACAACUCUGACUGGUGAUGAAGAGCAGUAUAUAACCAUAUUAUUGAAAACAAAAUAUCAACAAUUAGGCAAAAUUAAAUUUCACGAAGGGGUCGUUGGAGCAAUAGUUAUCUUAACUGCAUUAUUUCAAUUGAUCAUAAGUUCAACAUAUGAUAGAAAACAUUAUUAUACCUUUAAUGUCUUAAACUCUUCAACGCCAUCUUUAAUAAGUGUAUUGAUAUUAUUUAUCAUGCCAGUUAACUUAGACUGCCUUAAGUUCUUUAAGAGUAAAGAAAACUCGGAGCCAACACCCACGUCCCCUAGCAACGGCUGUCUCACUUGGUCCUUGGUCACAGAUAAUAUGGAAUGGAGCGUGCUGUUUGUUAUUGGAAGCAGCAAUAUCAUAUUUGAAGCAAUGAGGGAGUCCAAAAUGACAGAUGAAUUCGAGAAGUUUCUCUUGUUAUUUACAAACCUUCCAGUGCCGGUUAUGGCGCUUGCAAUCGUCGUAUUCUGCAAAUUCAUGACAGAGUUUGGGAGUAACGCGUCAGUCAUUUACUGUUUGUUGAUACAUAUUGCAAGAGUGAGUGUUAAAACAAAAGUGAACCCGCUCUAUCUUAUGAUAUGCGCUACACUAUCUACGUCGUUACCCUUCCACCUUAUAACCGGCACACCCUCUAAUGCGAUGGUAGCAGCAUAUGUGAAUAUACCACCGCGAAAAAUGAUGAUUGCUGGAAUUGGACCAUCAAUAGUAGCAAUAUUGACCAAUUUAUUCACUGUUUGUGUUUGGUCCAAAGCUAUUUGGCCAGAUAUUGGUAAUUUCCCUGAUUGGACACAUACAGCUCAUUUCAAUGAAUUUUAAUUGUCAAUUCCCAAGAAGCGUCAAUUUAGUUAUAAAAAAAAACUUUUCUUUUUCAUACUUUUAUUUCGUGUAACGACUAACGAAGAUUCCGCACCGCUAUUUACAAAGUAGCAUAUAUACACUUGGCAACAUUUAACUAGUUUCUAUAUAAAGUUUAUAAUACAAAUAUAAGCUUCAUUUAUAGUUCAUUUCAAUAGAAUUUGUA